AUGCAUCGCGGGUAUCGUUUCGACAGGAUGCUCGACUCCAGGGAUACGGAUCCUGAGGCCGUUGCUUAUCUCGAUAAGCUGGCGAUGACUGGGCUAAAGACCUUGGAAGUCCCCCACGAUGUCAAAACAAAACUGGAGGUGCUUCUGAAGCAAGUUGGGCAGAAGCGGGACUUGGAGAACGUGGGGCGGUUCAUGAUGGCCAAACUCACCGCUCGUACAUCGGUGGAGCUGCCCAGAGUCUUGCCAUCUCGACUUCUGCAUGAUCCCCCGCGUGAAGACAAGGGAGACCUUUCUCCGAAUCAGAGAGGAUGCGUGAGCCUUGAGGGAGCCGCAGGCGAAACGCCGCGUAAAGGUGAGACAGACACCACUUCGUGUUCAGUCGAGCCGCCUGCAGAACAAGACCAGCAGGCGCGUGCGGCGGAGUCACAGCUUGAUCAAGAGGCGCUCGCACUGGCUGAAGACCGCCGGCACCGUCUGUUUAGGAAAUUCAUGGGGAGUCACUCGCCAGUCAGUGCGGCGGCGUACACAGCUCACCGUUACGCGGGAGUGUAUGCUUCCAUGGUGAGGAUCCUGUCUGAGAUCAAACUCCGUGCGCCAGACUUCAGACCAAAAAGAGUGAUGGAGGUGCAAGCUGGAUUCGCUGCAGGACUCAUGGCAGCCUAUCAGAUAUGGAGUCCAGGCCACGACGUGGGGAGGGAAGCACUUUGGAAUGGAAGUGGCGACGAUGACGACGCGCCGUCCCUGCGCCGAAAAGGGGAUGUAGAUGCAGAGCCGCGCGAAGGCGGCAGAGCAGGAAGCGGCGAUAUAGAAGAGGGUUUCGAGUAUCUCCUGGCUGUAGAGCGGUCGGCGCACCUUGCCAACGUCGGCAAAUACUUGACUGCAGAAUUCACGCCCAGAGUGCAGUGGCAACUCGGGCUUUAUGAGGAGGGCACAGCCAGUUGUGUCGAGGAGGCCGGGCACAAUGUGGGACAGAGACGGCGCUUGGAUUUGGUGAUCAUGCCGCACUGCCUGUUGAGUUCUGUGGAUGGCCAGGAGAGCCGACACAUGCUCGUGCGCAAUCUUUGGAACCGUCUGAGCCACGGAGGCAUUCUCGUUCUCGUCGAGAGAGGGACGCCGACGGGCUUCCGGUCGAUCCACGCAGUGCGCGAACUCUUUAUAAAAGAGCUGGGCGUUGGGCGGUUUCACUUCCUGGCCCCCUGCCCACAUGAAAGCAUAUGCCCGCUUGCUUUGACAGGACGAGACUGGUGUCAUUUCGCGCAGCGCGUCCGCCGCCUUCCGCACUACCUCUACUGCAAAGGUAGCCGCUCCAAAAACGUGGAAGAAGACAAGUUCUCUUACCUUGUCGUCCGCAAAAUGCAGGGUCCCCGACGCAAGUUCUCGUGUGAGAGCGAGUGCACGACUCUCGAAGAGCAGAGCCACUUCUGGCCGCGCGUGGUGAUGCCCGUUAUCAAAGCUGGGCAGCACUGUCUUUUAGACGUGUGCGCGCGACCACACACUUUUGAAAGAGUCGCCGUGAGCAAAGGCAUGCCGCAUGGCGCUGGUUACAAGUUUGCCAGGAAAGCUGCAUGGGGAGAUCUGUGGAGGUUUCCGAGGCGCGUAGUUCGACCUGAAGCGCGUGGGUACACAAGCGAGGAAAUGCAGCAACACUUGCUCCGCCUCGCAAGCAAAAAUCGAGCGAACGAAGCUAGAGGUCGUGAGGGCAGUGAACAGGUCGGCUCACGGGAAGAGCGUGACCGCCUGGAGGACGAGUUCGUCAAGUUCUUUGGAAACUAG